GAAGGAAAAGAAAAAACGGAAUUUUCGAAUAGUGUCUUAUCCAAAUUAAUUUCUCUUCAAAAUUGGCUCUCUGGUGAUCAAGGUAUAACAAUGGCGGUCCACCAUCUUCCCUGGGCUGUCAAUGGCGGAAGACCUACUGAAAUAGCUGCUCGAAUAACUUGUGCAACAAAUGCAACUCCAAAAGUAAAACUGUCCCAUUUUAAGAAGUGGGUAUCUGAAGUUGGGUCGAAAUCUCUCAAACUUGCUCUUUCUAGCUCUCUCGCUAUUGCACUUUCUUAUAAUGGUGUCGAAUACGCUGAAGCUAAAACGGGUGUUAAUAAGCCGGAACUGCUCCCUAAAGAAUACACUACAGUCAUCGAUGUUGCUGGCUUCCUCUCUUCUGGUCAGGAAAAGAGACUCGCGGAGGAAGUAGCUGAUCUUGAGAAGGAUACAGGGUUCAAGUUGAGAAUCUUAGCACAGAAUUACCCUGAUACGCCCGGAUUGGCAAUCAAGGAUUAUUGGCAAGUAGAUGAUAGAACAAUUGUCUUUGUUGCUGAUCCUACUUUUGGUAAUAUAUUGAAUUUUAACGUGGGAGAUCAAGUUGAUCUUGACAUACCGCGUAGUUUCUGGAGCCGUUUGGCUGGGAAAUAUGGAAAUAUAUUCUACUGGAAAGAAAAGGGAGAAGAUGCAUCGAUUGAAGCUGCUGUUAAUGCUAUAUCUUAUUGCUUAAGAGAACCUGUUGGUCCAAGUAAUUGCUCCGAGGUAAUGUAAAUAGAAUGUUGUUGGAGACCAAGGAAGAUACGGCUCUACUUAUUUCUUAAGAUAGUAAAAUUGUGAUUUACUUUUAUGGGAGUUAGUAUGUUGAUAUAAUUAAGUUACCUUUCCCUGUAUUAUUAACCUCAAAGGAGAAGUUUGAAGAGAGUAUCAAACACGGCGAAGAGCAUUUUCAUAAAGUGAAUGUAAUGAACACAUUUUGUUC